AUGUUUAUUCAAUAUUUAAAUCCAAUAUCCUCAUCAUUUUUAAAUUUUUCCAAAAUAAUAUUUAAAUUAAUAACAAUUAUUCUUAUUAUUUCCAAUCAAAAUAAUGCUACACAAUCAAUAUUUUCGUGUCCAUUAAAUCCAACAAGUAUUUCUGGAAUUCCUGGCGUUUUUCCAGAUUAUGGACCUGCUGGGGGAAUUGGUGAAGUGUAA